AUGCUCAACAACAAUCAUUUGAGUGAUGUUAAGUUUGUUGCUCUACAACGUGGCGGCGAAAACGAAAGUAAGAAAGCGAUUCCAGCUCACAAGUUUAUUCUGGCGAUUAGCAGUCCAGUGUUUGAAGCAAUGUUUUUCGGUGAACUGGCGGAGACUAAAGACACUGUUGUACUGCCUGACUGUGAUUAUGGGAGUCUGAUGGAGUUGUUUCGCUACAUGUACAGCGAUGAAGUGAACUUAAGCGGAAGUAAUGUGAUGGGAGUGCUGUACUUGGCUAAGAAAUAUCUGGUCUCUUCACUCGUUGAUAAAUGCACGGAAUAUUUGCAAUUUAACUUAGAUCCAUCGAAUGUCUUUAGCAUCCUACCCACUGCACAAAGAUAUGAAGAGAAAGAACUCAUUGGUCGAUGCUGGGAAGUGAUCGACAGUGGGGCAGAAUGUGCUGUGAAUUCAGAUGGAUUCGAGAUGAUUGAGAGGUCUUUACUUGAAGCAGUGGUUGCAAGAGAUACCUUAACCAUUGAGGAGGUCGAAUUAUUCCAAGCUGUUAAUACGUGGGCAACGAAGCAGUGCCAAAAACAAGGUUUCGGAGUGAGUGGUAAAAUGAAAAGAAAGGUUCUAGGGGAACAUAUUGUCCGAGCAAUACGCUUUCCAUUGAUGAAACGUGAUGAAUUUGCCGCUGUCGUCCUUGAUACAAAUAUUCUUACCUCUGACGAAAUCGUCAACUUUUUUAAGUUUUACAGUUCGACGUUGACUUCUCCUCUGGGAUUUUCAGAAACCCCAAGAAGUAUACGUUGUACAUGUGGCAGAUUUCAAUCAGUGUCUGAGGAAUUGGUCACUUAUGGGGGCGAUAGACAUUAUCUUCUUUUCAGUGUGGACAAAGAUGUCAUGUUACAUGGACUACGUUUGUUGGGUAGUAAAAACAAUAAAUACACAGUUAAUUUGGAGGUAAAAAAUCACAUUAAUGGCGCUUGGAAGGUGGUGGUGUCCAAAAGUGGCAUAUUUACAGCAAAGAUUUUUCGAUACAAAAGUUUUCCCAUACAUGGGUUUGAUGUUUUUUUUAACCCUCCCGCGCAUUUAAAGAAAAAUACUCGCUACAGACUUGAGGCCUCGAUUUCUGGUCCACCGUGUUUGAAGGGAAUUGGUGGGUUGGACACUGUUAAGUCAUCCGAUGUAACAUUUCAAUUUUUUUCUAGUGUUGAUUUUCUGGAUUACGGAACAAACAGGUCAGCAGGUCAGUUCCUAGAAUUUAUAUUUUGUGAAGUCAGGUAUUAACAGGUGAGGCAUGCUGCACGUGUUACCGUUAAAAACGUCUUUUUCAGGCUGACCCACGCAUCUUGCCAAGAAGUGGUAAAUUCAAAAAGUUAGUUGCUAGAAGUGCUAGAUCAAUGAGCAGACUUACAAUCGAAUGGAUUAAAAUUGACAAACAACAUAAUAGAAAGAUGAACUGUGACAAUGAAGGGAGAGUCUCGGCGAGAUUGGAUAACGACUGAGACUCGUAUUAAAACUCGAUUUAUUACUUGAAGCACUUGGUAUUAAGACUGAGGUAUUAACUGUUGGUAGAUUUCUUUGCAGUCAACGCACGGCUAUUUUAAGGGAGCUUAAACAACGACCACGGCUACGAGAGCAGGGGCAUAUCUACUUAAACAAAGAAUACAGAAUAUCAGUAAACAGAAUGGCAUCAGAUGAUGUUUUUCUGUUGUUAAUAAACCCUCCGACCAAGAACAAACCAGUGCAAAAGUUAAUUGCGAAAUACGUAUUCGACUGCUAUGAGAAAAGAAGAUCAUUAGUUCUUUAGGUUAACAUUGAUUAUAGUUCCACUAGUGUGCAAUUUGUGUUAUGAUUUUAAAUUAUUUGUAUAAAGUCGAUGAACAUAGGACUGUAUAAGACUCCAAAUAAAUAGAGCAUUGUCAUUGUCAUUGUAUCGAGGGGGUACGGGGUACGGGGCAGGGGGUUCGCACCCGCCCCCAAGAAGACGACCUGCAGCUUUCUGAUACAGUUAUACAAAAUCUGCCGUAUCGUUGGAGGUGUAUUCACAAGCAGUUCACAUUAGGUUAUUGCUUAGUUAAAAGCCUUCUUCUUCGUAUUCGCUUUUGAAAUUUGUGUACGUCACCAGUCAGUUACGUCAUUCCUUACAGUGGUGCACCCCCUCCUAAGAAAAAUCCUGGAUCCGCCUCUAGGUAGCGAAGACUUCGCCCAAAAAGUGAAUUCGCGCUGCCUCAAACUUAUCGUAAUUUGAAAAUUGUAAAAUCGACGCUGUUCAAAAGAGUCUUAGCCGUCUUAAAGUUUUAUAGUUUUGAACAGCGUCGAUUUUACAGUUUUCAAAGUAAGAGUGAGUACCUACGCGGCGCAGGGAAUUUAAUCUUUAUUGCCCAAGUUCAAGAAUCGCUCUAAAAAGCCAAAAAUACUAAGAAAACCCCUUAUAUUUAGACUAGGAUACAAGGUAAGAAAUUCUGAUGUAUCUUUAUUGCUGCGGAGCGACCAAAGGGAGCGAGCAGCAACAUGAUCAGGAUUUAAAGGAAAUAUAUAAGGGGAGACGAAUUCUCGAAUUCAACACUUUUUACCACAAUGCAUUGCAUUUAACCAGAGUGCAUUGCGCCACUAACAACUCAAAUAAAAACACGGGGAAGUUCGGUGGGUGAGAGAGUGCAUCGUUCGCUGCUCAGACUUAGAGUUUUCUUUGUGACAAAUUUUGUACAGCACGGUUAGGGGUCUCACCAAAUUUUAAGACACGCAGGAGUCUUUCAGAUGAGUACGAUGGUUAACUUGGGGAUUGGAUUUCAAUUCAAGAGCCUUUGACUCGUCCAGGUGUUAAACCGUGACGAGAAGAUGAGCAUUUGCUCUUCGACUCCGCAACACGGGGGAUAUACAAAUUCCAGCUGGCUAGAAGGUGAUGUGAAAGUGAGAAAAUGUCAUGCAAUGCUAUUCUUAAGAAACUGUAUGAGCCGAAAAUGGAUGUGAUUUGGACCAUUCGCUUCCAGGCGGUGUGCGCACUACGACUGCGAUGCAUUGUGGAUUCAAAAUUUUCAAGAUGGCGGCGAAGGUCGAGAAAUUUCGCAGGUUAUAUGCUUUAUUUUUCAAUAGAUACAGUUCUUUCCUUAGAUAGUUUUUCUCGAUUUCACAAGCUAAUAUUUGUUUAGAUUUUUUCUGUGAAGAAAAACAAAUCAAUAUUCUUCAUUUCAAUCUAAAACGUGGAGCCCGAAGAUUCCUCCUGUAAGAGCAUGAAAUUUGAACCCGGUUUUUAAGAGGCUAUAAUUUCCAUUAUAUUGCCCGUCGAAAGUAGAAGAUAGUUGUAAGUGUUUCUACAAACCUUGUUCUACGCUAAUUUUUUAUCGCUCCCCAACGCGCCCCACGUUUUGUGAUACUUUUUCCGAAUUGAAACCGGCAUGUUUUCAUGGGAAAAUGUCGCCUCGCGAAGACCAAUGUGACAUGUUACUGGAAGUGUUACUGUUGUAAUCACAAGCUGAUCACAAAAUAGCGGUGCAGCGGCGACUGGUUCCUCCAAACAAUAGCAUUAGGUGAGCAUAAAAUGUUCGAAACUGGUAUAUAAAUAGGCUGAUGAGUACUCUGAUGUAGGAAUGUCUGUUUUUGUAAUAGGACUAAGAAAGCAUAAUAAAAUUGCAGUCAUACAGGUGACUCUCUUUAUGCAGGUAUAAAAUCAGUAGGAUUAGAAUUACAGGUAUUAAAUUAAAAGAUAAGUUUGAUUAUACAGUUAAGCCCUGUGCAUUUUGAAACCAACAAUCUACUUCCAAGAUUGUUGUGUGUUGUUGUGUGGAUGUUAUGACUUGGUCAGUUUCUUGCCUAGUCCCUGUUUUAUUCAGUGGUGAUUAGCCUCCAUAGCAGGCAUUUAAAAGGAAAGGGAGAAGGGUUUUGGGCACAAGAGAAAUGCGAAGAGUGCACGAGGAAGGAGGGAGUGAUUGCAACAUUCACCUGGUUGAUGUUUAUAAUGCAAAAAACAAUUAGUCUCCUGUAUGGCAGGCAUUUCCCUCCCUCCUUCCCUCACAUUUCUCUUGCACCAAGACCCACUUUCCCUUUUCUUUGAAAUGCCUGCCACACAGGCUAUUAAAGUGAUGUCAUUCUAUCUGUUUACCCAUUUACACUGUUUAAUAUAUAUCAAGCAAUUUGCAUAUUUUGGUGGCUUUAGUUAAAAUAUAAAUUGCUUGAUCAUUGAAUGUGCUUUUGAUAUUGGAAAACCAAGGCUGAAAAAAUGGUGACAGGGAAAGGAAAUAGAAAAAGUGGAACAAUGGGGCAGUAAAAUCAUGAGACUAAGAACCUGAAUUAACUAAGUAAGCCUAAACAGAUUCUUAUAUAAAUAGUAGUUAGCACAAGUUUAGGCUAUUUAGGUUUUUAAAUGGGUUCAUAUUUUCUGAAGUAAAAAUGUAGCUAAGAGUAUUUGUGUUUCACCUUGUUCCACAUAUAAAGUCUGCAUACCAAAUUAGAAGUUAUGUGAGAAUGGAAAUAAAAAGAGGAAUGUAUUUAAAUUUAAACAUUGGCAUUUACAUUGCAGUUGGAGUGAUAAGACAGCUUUGUCUCCAAAGAACAUUCUAAAUGUUGAUUUAUCUCUGCUCAAGUGUACAGAAUUUUUUUAUAGAUUUGAAAAAUAAGAACCUGUUUCAAAUUUUAGGCUAAACAGGUUUUUAUAUAAAGGGGGCUCAUCUGGCAUAAUUUUAUUUUAGCUGAACAGGUUCUUGAAAUUCAGGUUCUAAGUCAGGGAGUUUUUACUGUACCACUAGGAUCCACCUCUGCAAUAACUGGUAACCCAAAAGCCCUCUUACGGACAACCGCUUCAUACAGACACCUGAUCAAGGCUGUGCUCUAGCAGAGCCCUGUGGCCCCUGGCACCUAACUUUUGCUUUUGGGUGACUAGAAAAUCUCAGACUUUUCAUACAAAUCAUAUGCUGGGCAGCCUAGAUUUUACAGGUUCAGAGAACUAGGCUCCUUUCAAUGUUCCUUAGAGCACAGCCUUGCUCAUCAUUACAGAUAGCUUGCUUUGUUCCCUGGAAAAAAGCCCUUAAAUUUUCUCUAAAUUAAGAUGGUUAAUUUCUACAGUCCCCUCAGUGUCUGUAUAACAGAGUUGACUGUGAGUAUGAUGAGACCUAGGACACCAUAUUUAAAUUAUAAAAUUGGAGUGAGGAGAAAGGAAAGGGGUCUCAAGCUAUGUUGCCCCAGCCCUGAUUACAGGAGAUUUGUAAACAUGUAUGAAUUUCACAUUUUGAAGAGUUUUUAUAAUCCAAAAAAAUAUGUGAUAACAUGUGUUUGUACAUACUGACACAAUCAUAAACAAAUAUUGGCUGCAGCUUUUAAAAUCUAUUGACUGCAUCAGGCUUUGUAAUCACAAAUAUGCCAUUUUCAGUUUCAAUCCAAUUAUAAGACAUUCUAUGACUCAUACCAAUAGAAAAAUAUGGCAAAUAAAGAUGCUCAAUAUUAUAUUAUCUAUAAAGAGGACACAAGUUCACUGUACACAAAUACUCUCUACUUUAUUUACUUGUCUUCAUGUGAUGAUAAAUACAGAUGUUAAGCAAAACGAAAUGCAGACUUGGUGCCAACAGAGAAACAAGUCCUCGAAACGAUGACCCCUCAACUUCGAUUCUCUUAUUACAGCUAGCAAGUGAACAUCUUGCAAUGCUGAAUGACAAAACAAAAUAUGCUCACUGUGUUUAAAUACCGUUGCCGGGUAUUCUGAAGAAGCUCCUAGUAUUUUAUGAGUAUAUCACAGCUAUGCACAUCAGUACCUCUUAGCACUAGUUGCACUGAUUUCACGGUGAAUUCAAAAAUUUUCGGCGAACCGCGGGUCUUACCUCCAGUGCUUUUCAUGAUUGAAGCAUUGUGCCGACUUUUCUCGGUCAGUUGCAAACAGGAUGCAAGUGAUUACGAACAAAAUACACCAGAAUACACUUAUCAACGGAAUGAGACUGUUUUUUCCCUGAGAAUUGGACAAACUUUCUUUUUCAAGGGCUUCCGGAGGACAUUCAAAGCAAAAUCGUAUAUAUCUACAGCGUAAUUAACGAAUAUUCACUCCGCAGUCGAGAUGUUCACUCCACGCCAUCUUGACACAAAUGAUCAGAUUUUGAAUACCGCCCAUGAUGCUUAGCGAUCGUAGUGCGCACACCGCCUGAUUCGCUUCAAAAUAACAGCGGAAAUCGAGAUAACAAAACAUAUGUUUUGUGUCCUACUUUGCAGACGAGGACGUGUAUCGGCGUUUUGAAAAGCAUAAUUAUGUUCCUUCAUUCAUUCAUUGCCUUGGAAUAUGCGUUUACAUUGUAUAUUCACUGUUAAAGGCUCGGUUAAUGCGGCGAUCAUCUUGCCGGCGGAAGUUUCAUGGAAAAGGAAUAAAAUGGAAAACUUUUCCUGACGACUUUGUGAUCAGCCUCUGUGGUGUAGUGUUUAGGUGUAGUCGCAUCGAGUCGAAGGUGCCGGGUUCGAGUCGUACCGACUUAGUAAUUUCGACUUUCUUUUUUUUCCGUUUUUUGUGUUGUUGUUUUCUAUAAAUAUAUAGCUAAAUAACUGUUACUUAAUAAAGUGCAACAAACAGCAAGAAAAGUAUUGUGUUUCCAGAGAAAAUAUCGUGCACCGUAUAUUAAAUAUAUGGAUAAACAAUCUGAAUUUCUAUUAUUUCCUACAAUUUACUGUGGGAAAACCAGAGUUGAAAACCACUUGAUCACUUUCUAAACAACGUUCCCACGAGUUCUUUCUAUAGACUGAUAUUAAUUAUACAUGUAAAUAGGACAUUCAAUGUCAUUUUCGAUUCUUUUAAUUCUCACUGCUUAACUAAUGCCAGUAUCAACAGAAUGUGCCGCAGCAUUACUAUCUUUUAGAUACCCUAGUUACUAUUUUUGACCCCUAAGUAGCCAUCGCUUAAAUCUCCAGGCUGAAUCUCCAUACAAACUCUUAUAAUAUUUCGGUUAGGCAACAACGAUUCUCACUGGUGAGCUUAGGGUACCUGUGACAGCAUGUCCGCCUUACCGGUUGUCCGUAUUAAGCGAGUUGAAUGAAGAGAAAAUGUAGGCCCGGCUUUCGGCAGGGACAAAGAAAACUGUCCGUAAUAACGAGGGGUCCGUAUUUUAAAAGGGGGUGUCUGAAAACCGGGGUUCGCCUGUAUAUAUCAGAUAUAAUGUUUUAUUGUAGUUAGCAGUAUUUAUGUAUGUAAUUUCUUUUUUGUCCUUUUUGCACCUGAAUCUGACGAGACGUUAAGCUUCUAAGCGGAACGUUUGUGUAAGGAGAAUUGCAUAUAUUGAUCUAGAAAAAGUUACGUUAAAACAGAAAUAUAAGCCAUAUAUCUUGCUUUAAAAAUGGUUAACAAGAUUGGGGGAACGUGGAUGCUAUAUAUGCCAGUGUUUUUUAUUUAGUUUUCCAAAACUUGCUAUGGCGAUGAUAUCGAUUUCGUUUGAAUUUGAUACCAAGAUGAAGUCAGAAACAUUCAGGGUUUAAGCUAAAAGAGCAAAACGUAAAUAAGUCUCUUGUCUAGGUUUAAAACCAAGAAAGAGUCGAAAUAUAUUGCAGAUUAACAGUAAGCAGGUAGUGUCGAAUUAACGAGACAUGGAUUAAUUUAAAAUGUUUACUUUUGGUACAUUGUUGUAGUCUGAUCGUCAACUAGAAUAAAUAGCAGUUGAUUUGAGGACAGUCGACAAAUAUUCAGUGAGUACAGGCAAAACAUCACGUAACCAUGAUGGCGAUUAUAAUCCUGACAAACAGGUUUUCAAUCGAAUGCACUGAAAUGAAUAUGCCAGUUUGCCAGUUAAUACUUCAGGACUGAGUGUUUUGGAUCCUGGUCACCAUUCCUCCUUUAAUGUUUUGACCUGUUGAGAAAUUAAAAAAAGGGGACUCCUGAGUUAACAAUCUGUUAUCAUAAAAGACUGACAAAAUGACAAUCAGUUUGCUUGGUCCCGCAGAUUCUUAGAUUCUGAUUAUCCGCAAAAAACUAGUAAAAUAUUCUCGCUACCUACUCCCUACAGUACGCAUGAAUAUACUGGAGGGGUGAAAAUGGUCGCUUAUCCAGAGGUGUUGACAGCGGUAUAUUCAUAUGCAUUGAACAGUUGAAGGUAGUGCACCUCGUCAGGCUUGGGGGCUGGGAGGGUGAGUAGCUGACCUAGUCUGUUCAAGGCCUCCUAUAGAAUUUGAUCGUAGAACAGGCUAGCAAUAGAAACACUUUCUGCUUUAUGUAAUGUCCUAGAAAGGCUAAUAUAAAGCUGAAAUUUAUAAGACGUGUUUAGCUCAAGACCAAGUAAUGGACUCACGAAAAGCAACAUAACAAUUUUUCAAUGUGGAUUCCCACUAGUCAGCUACUCUAGAAAACUAAUACAUUUUUAAAUUAUUGCUAUUAUUAUAUUUUAUAACGUUUGAUUAGAUUGCAAGGCUAAGCAAAUGUUUUGUAUUUUUUUAGCGUCUCGUAUAGAGAUAACAUUUCUCUCAUUAGUGCAAAGUACAGCAUAAUGUGAAAUUAAAGGUAGUUAUUUAGCCCCAUUAAUUAACAAUUAGUAACUCCUUAUCACUAGUACAGCGCUGAACACGAGAUUGAUGUGAAUGAACAAGAUUUUCUGCAUGUUAACAUUAAUUUUAGCAUUAACGGCACUACAGUUAGCCCCCAGCAGAGCUAAUGAAGAGAUCUUUUAGCAAAGGAAUUGAUAAAACCUUUUGUCACUGCAAAGCCCACAUGUCAACCUGCAGUUCUCUAUCAUAACCUUCCUCCAUGCUGGGUGUGUGGCAUUUGUACAUCGAUUUCUCGCUUUCCAACUGAAACACACCCGUGUUGAUAUCAUGUCUCUACAAUGAUCGGCUCCUUGUUCCAGCAUGCAAAAUGAAAUCAGUAUAGUAGAGAAAAGGCGUUUUGCUUGAGUAUAAUGCUAGUGCUAUGAGGCGUUUUAUAGAGGCGUUUGGGAGGGCAUGGUCGCAGGAGAGCUAGAACCGCAAUGAUAACUAAGAUAUGUAUUAGUUAGCAACAGGCGAGUAUCUCAUCGUAACUCCGUCAGGGGAGAAGGUGAUCUCCCCGAUGCCCCUACUGGACACAGAAACCUCUGGCAGCAGUUCACAGUCUCGUACCAGUUAGAACGUUAACUGACCAUGUUACCGGUAGAGUUGAAGUACCAACCAAAAAAGUAACAAAUGAAAAGGGGAAAAAGGGGAAUUAUAAAACAGCCUAGAACGUCUCAAGAUAUAGGACCAUAUAGGGGCUUUCUAUUGCGUGUCAAUAGUAGCCGUUCACACCUAAAUUUAAAAAGUUUUGAUUUUGUUUUGUUUCACUUCCUUACCUUUUAAAAGCAACCCCUGUAAAAGUUACUCAAAAGUAACCUUUUCUUGUUUGCACUCGUUUUGUUCUCUUGCUACUGCUUUCGUAUAUUGACUUCAUUAAUGCUUCGAGUUCUUAGCACGGGAAGGAUGAAAAGCGAUCAAGUACGUAUAGAGUAUUGGCGCGUCACUCAUGCAUUUCUUUACUUACAGGCGUCAAAUAGAACAUCUUCCUUUUAACCAAUCAGUCAUUCUGAAAUAGUUGUGAAAGUGCUGAAGAACAGUCAUCACCUCUCCGCUCAGUAUAAACGUAUUAUUGCUGCAGGACAGUCACACCAUUACUUUCUAGACUUAAAGAUUUAGACUGAAAUAAUUGUAUCUUUCGAGUGAAAUACUAAACUUGAUUUUAAUCUUGUAAAAAGGUGAAAUAGGCUUUGCUUUAUGGGAAAGCUUUCGAGUUAUAGUGACUUUGAACUGUACAGUGUAUAAAAAUAAUCAUUAAAAUUUCGACUUUCUAGGGUUGUGUUGUAGAAAGAUGAAAAUAAAUAUAUUUCACAAUGUAAAGAAAUUGUUCUACAAAUGAGUUAUCGUACGGAAUGAAACGGAAACAGUCACCACUAAAAUAUUGUAAAUAGUAAAUGUUGAAGGAUGAUAGAGUCAAAACGUCUCUAAUCUGGCUUUAGAUGAUAAGUGAACAUUCGAAUUCUCUCCUUACUCCCAGCCUUUUCCAGUGUUUCUUUCUGUUAUGUUUUUACGAUUGCCGGAUCUUUAUGGAUUUGAAGAUUCACCAUCAGAGAAACACGGUGAAGCAUCUUUCAGUACAAGCGCGUCCAUCAGCAUUGGCACAUACACAAGAAUUUGCCCAUGCCGCUCUGAAUUUCCGCUGUCUCAUUCACAUAGUGUUGUAAUGCACAUUUUCUGUUCGAUCGCGUGACUAUCGGGACAGGCAUUUGGUAUGCGCAUAUUGAAAAAUAUAAUCACGCAGGCGAAGUGCUCAUUUCCACUUGAGUGAAGAACGAUAGUGCGUGCCUUUUGGGCAAACUAAACGGAAUUCUUCGGCGACUUUCUUCCUGGUCCCUCCUUCACGAAUAUGUCUGCAGAAAAGAACUGGCAAACCACAAGAUCCACCAUCAGAGAAAGAGCCAAGUUUAUGCUCAACAACAAUCACUUGAGUGAUGUUAAGUUUGUUGCUCUACAACGUAGCGGCGAAAACGACAGUAAGAAAGCGAUUCCAGCUCACAAGUUUAUUCUGGCGAUUAGCAGUCCAGUGUUUGAAGCAAUGUUUUUCGGUGAACUGGCGGAGACUAAAGACACUAUUGAAUUGCCUGACUGUGAGUAUGGGAGUCUGUUGGAGUUGUUUCGCUACAUGUACAGCGAUGAAGUGAACUUAAGCGGAAGUAAUGUGAUGGGAGUGCUGUACUUGGCUAAGAAGUAUCUGGUCUCUUCACUCGUUGAUAAAUGCACGGAAUAUUUGCAACUUAACUUAGAUCCAUCGAAUGUCUUUAGCAUCCUACCCACUGCACAAAGAUAUGAAGAGAAAGAACUCAUUGAUCGAUGCUGGGAAGUGAUCGACAGUGGGGCAGAAUUUGCUGUGAAAUCAGAUGGAUUUGAGACGAUUGAGAGGUCUUUACUUGAAGCAGUGGUUGCAAGAGAUACUCUUGCCAUUGAGGAGGUCGAAUUAUUCAAAGCUGUUGAUACGUGGGCAACGAAGCAGUGCCAAAAACAAGGUUUCGGAGUAAGUGGUAAAAUGAAAAGAAAGGUUCUAGGAGAACAAAUUGUCACAACAAUACGCUUUCCAUUGAUGAAACAUAAUGAAUUUUCCGCUGUCGUCCUUGAUACAAAUAUUCUUACCUCUGAUGAAAUCGUCAACUUUUUUAAGUUUUACAGUUCGACGUUGACUUCUCCUCUUGGAUUUUCAGAGACCCCAAGAAUCAACCAAGCUGCCCUUCCUCGUUGUGGCAGAUUUCAAUCAGUGUCUGAGGAAUUUGUCACGUAUAGCAGCGAUAGACAUUAUCUUCUUUUCGAUGUGGACAAAGAUAUCAUGUUACAUGGACUACGUUUGUUGGGGGGUAAAAACAAUAAAUACACAGUUAAUUUGGCGGUAAAGGAUUGCAGUAAAUUCCCUUCGCCGGUGUUGGUGUCCAAAGGUGGCAUAUUUACUACAAAGGGUUUUCAAUACAAAAAUUUUCCCAUACAUGGGUUUGAUGUUUUGUUUGACCGUCCUGUGCAUUUAAAGGAAAAGACUCGCUACAAACUUGAUGCGUCGAUUUCUGGUCAACCGUCUUUGAAGGGAACUGGUGGGUUAGACACUGUCCGGUCAUCCGGUGUAACAUUUCAGUUUUUUUCUAGUGUUCUUGGUGGGUCUGAGGAAACAAAUAAGUCAGUGGGCCAGUUUCUAGAAUUUAUAUUUUGUGAAGUCAGGCAUUAA